AUGGCAGGAGCUUUGAAUCAAUUUUUGAAACAAUCUGAUGGGGCAAAAGCUUGCCAAAGUACUGUAUACCAAGGUUCUUCUGAAAGUACUUGUUCUUACAGAACAUUGGGAUUUUCUUUUCGGAUUGGAUUUUCAACUAUUGGAGAAAUCGGCAGAGAGUGUUGCGAGGUCAACUGGAAAACUCUUCAACCGAUUUACAUGCCAGAACCGAACAGAGACGAAUGGGAACAGAUCGCCAAGGAUUAUGAUGAGAAGUGGAAUUAUCUACACUGCAUGGGAGCAUUGGACGGCAAGCAUAUUCAAAUCCGAUGUUCAGCUGGUGCUGGUUCAUUGUACUACAACUACAAAGGAACAUAUUCCAUUGUUUUAUUGGAGUUGGUAGAUGCAAAUUACAAAUUCACGUUUGUCGACGUUGGAGCUUACCGCAAAAGCAGCGAUGGAGAAACUUUUGAGAAAUAUGAGAUGGGAAAAAGAUUCGAAACCAAAAAAUAUGGGAUUCCAAAAGACAAAGAGCUAUUACCAGCUCUGGAACAGAUUCCUAAUGUAAUUGUUGCAGAUGGGGCCUUCCUCGAACAACAUAUUUGA